GGAGGUCGAAGAGGGAUGGUCAACACGAUGAUGAUAGUAGUCUUGAUUCUGACAUCAACUCUGCUGCUGAUAGUGAUAGUGAUGAUGAUGAUGAAGACGAUAAUGAGGAGGCUGAUGUGUGCCCAUCAGGCUGUGACUCGGCUGUCUAUGAUGGGGUUCUUGAAUUGCGGAAUAGGAGGCUUGAUAUGGAAGAGGCAUUGGGGGAAAUACAGAAGAUUGUAGAGGAGUCUAAGAAGAGCCACACCAGACUAUUACAGAAGGAGAAAACAUUGAAUAAGGAUCAGACAUUGGCUGAGGAGAAAAUACAACACUUCCAAGCCAAUAAGCAACAGAAGCUAAACCAACUACAUAGAAUACUGUCGCUGAAACUAUCACAGAUUAAGUGCAUAUCCGUGGUGGAGGAUAAUGUGGAGUCAUCAGGCCUCGGUCGGUAUGCUCUACUGUCUGGUCAGACAAUCCGCCUACCAGAGAGCCUUGAUGAGGAGGGUCAGGUAGUGUUCACUAACACAGCACUGGAGAGGUUAAGGCAACGUAUUGUUGAUCUACAUCGAGAGAAGGCCGAGAUCAGGAGGCAAUAUCGUAAUUUAAAGAUGAUGUAUGGUGCUAGGAUGAGGGAGAAUAAGAAGAUUAACGAGGCAAAGAAGGAGCUGGAACGGAGGUUGGAAGAUAUUCAGCAGCUCAAGUUUGGGCAGUUGGUUGAUAUUGACGAUCUAGAGAAGAGUGGGAUGUCUCGAGAGCAAGAGGAAUUGGGAGAUCGUCUCCGUGAAACGGAGUUGCGAAUACAGAAACGACUCGCUAAGUGGGAGGAGAAAUUGAAAGAGGAAAGGCAAGUUUAUGUUGAAGUAACCAGAGCCAAUACUAAGGUGAUGGAGGAUCUGGUUAAACUCGGCCAACGCCGAGCCUCUCUUGACACCGAAUUAGACGCUAGGAUGGAUCGUAUUGCUCUUGAUGAUGAAGUUGGUUAUGAUGGGAAUGAAAUCGAAUAUGAAAGGAUGCAAGAUCUGUUGAAUAUGCAGCGAAAGGAGAUCGUCACCUUACAAGCGGAGAUUGAGUUAUUCCGUCGUAAAGGAGGACAUGUCUUUGCAAUGGCAACAUCGAUGGCUAUAAAGAGUACACCUCCUCCCCAAUAG